CCACCAUGCUUCAGAGCUGAAUACCCUUUCCUCUUUGUUGCCCCAACAACAAUACUACCAUGUUCUUCAACACCAAGCCAGUGUCCAUGCUUCUACAACUCCUCUUCCUUAGCCUAAACCUAGCAGCCUUCACUACUGGUGAUGACCAAUUCGUCUACUCUAGCUUCUCCGGUGCCAACCUUGUCGUCGACGGUGCUACCACGGUCACAUCAAACGGCCUCCUUGAGCUCACUAAUGGAACAGACCAGCUGAAAGGUCAUGCCUUCUACCCAACUCCGUUGCGCUUCACGAGGUUGGCCAAUGGAACUGUGCAGUCCUUCUCCACCUCCUUCGUGUUCGCCAUAUUGUCCGUCUACACGGACCUAAGUGCCAACGGCAUGGCCUUCGUUGUGGCACCGAGCAGAAACUUCUCAGCCGCACUGCCGGGGCAGUUCCUGGGCCUCACGGACAUCCAGAACAAUGGCAACAUCAGCAAUCACUUCUUCGCUGUCGAGCUGGAUACCAUUCAAAACAUCGAGUUCAAUGACAUCAAUGCCAACCAUGCCGGUGCUAACGUCAAUGGUCUCAAAUCAGUGCAGUCCUACUAUGCUGGUUACUAUGGUGAUGAGGAUGGUAAUUUUCGUAACUUGAGUCUGAUUAGCCGCGAGGCUAUGCAAGUGUGGAUAGACUAUGAUGACAAGGUGGCAGGCAUCACUGUGACCAUGGCUCCUCUCAAGGUUGCCAGACCUGCAAAGCCACUGUUUACAACAAUCUACAACCUCACAACAGUGGUUACAGAUGUUGCAUACAUCGGAUUCUCCUCCGCGACUGGCACAAUCAAUGUGCGACAUUACGUGCUUGGCUGGAGCUUCAGCAUGAAUGGUCCUGCUCCAGCCAUUGACAUUACUAGUUUACCAAAACUGCCAAGUAUGGGACCGAAGCCUCGAUCAAAGGUGUUGGACAUUGUUUUGCCAAUAACAACUGCUGCAUUUGUUCUCACAGUGGGCACUGUCGUUGUACUUCUCAUCCGGAGGCAUUUGAGGUAUGUUGAGCUGAGGGAAGAUUGGGAGGUUGAGUUUGGACCACACCGAUUUUCGUACAAGGAUUUGUUCUAUGCAACAGAUGGAUUCAAGGACAAGAACCUGUUAGGCAAAGGAGGAUUUGGGAGGGUAUACAAGGGCAUACUUCGGGUGUCUAAAUUGGAGGUUGCUGUGAAAAGAGUCUCACAUGAUUCAAAGCAAGGCAUGAAGGAAUUCAUUGCAGAGAUUGUUAGCAUAGGUCGCAUCCGACACAGCAAUCUGGCGCGGGUACUUGGCUAUUGCCGAAGAAGAGGUGAAUUAUUUUUGGUGUAUGAGUACAUGCCAAAUGGAAGCGUUGACAAGUACUUGUAUGGUAAAGAGGACAAGCCCGUCCUGAAUUGGGCUAACAGGUGGCGUAUCAUCAAAGGCAUUGCAUCUAGCCUGCUUUACCUCCAUGAAGAGUGGGAGAAAGUUAUUAUUCACCGGGAUAUUAAACCAAGUAAUGUCCUUCUUGAUAGUGACAUGAACGGACGACUUGGUGACUUUGGCCUUGCUAGAUUAUAUGACCAUGACACUGACCCGCAAACCACACAUGUGGUUGGAACAAUAGGAUACCUAGCUCCGGAGUUGGGACAUACUAGCAAGGCUACACCUCUUACAGAUGUAUUCGCUUUUGGCAUGUUUCUUCUUGAGAUCACAUGCGGGCAAAGGCCUAUCACUGAAAGCACACAAGAUAGUCAGUGCAUGUUGGUGGACUGGGUGCUUGAGCAUUGGAACAGAGGAUCACUCCUAGACACAGCGGACAGCAAGCUUCAGGGAAACUUUAAUGUCGAUGAGGCAUGUUUAGCCCUAAAACUAGGACUGCUAUGCUCUCAUCCAUUCUCUAAUGCAAGGCCUAACAUGCGGCAAGUCAUACAGUAUCUUGAUGGUGUCAUGAAAUUACCAGAGAUGGCACCAACAGAUCUAAGAUUUCACAUGAUGGCCAUUAUGCAGAACGAAGGAUUUGACGAGUACAUAACAGGAUCUACAGCGAGCAUUGGCACAACAUCUGUUCUUUCUGGUGGAAGAUGAGCUGUUCUGGGUGCUUGUUUUCCAUGUAAAUCUGUUACUAAGGGUAGCAAUAUGUAUGUAGCCUAUACUUUUUCUAGUGUCAGAGGAUAUAUUUCAAAGUGUAGCAUUCUAAAUUAUUGAUGUAAAACUCAUAUAUAUAGUUUGUACUAAAUGAAUUCAAGUGGCCCUAAGUGUGAGACCUUAAAG